AAGUUCUUUUGCGAACGAUGAGAGGCCUUUAUGCCGUUGUGGGAGACGCCUUCGUCAUCUCAUUUUAGCCACAAUCUAAAAUAGAAGAUCACUCCUCCAAACAAUUUGCAGAUUAUUCAAUGAAAUGAAUUCACCAAAUCUCUCUUAUUGUCCUUCAAUACUCUCUUUCUCUGGCACCAAACUUUUCCCUACAAAUUUAGGAUCCAAUCCUAAAUCAAAAUCCCUAUUCUUAAAACCCUUUUCAGCAAUCCCCAAAAGUUCAACAUUUCUCCAAUCAAAAGAGCUGUACUUUACUAAAACAAAUCAUUUUGGGAGGAAAUCAAGAAAUAUUCAGUGCUCUUUUUCUGGAUUUAAUUUGGGUAGUUUUGAAGGUCCUCAAUCUGUAAUUGAAGCAGCUGCUGUACUCACAGCAAUCAUUGUUGUUCAUGAAAGUGGUCAUUUUUUAGCUGCCUAUCUUCAGGGCAUACAUGUAAGUAAAUUUGCAGUUGGGUUUGGUCCUAUUUUAGCAAAAUUUAAUGCAGAUAAUGUAGAGUAUUCACUUAGAGCAAUUCCUCUUGGUGGUUUUGUGGGUUUUCCUGAUAAUGAUCCCGACAGUGAAAUACCAGUAGAUGAUGAAAAUUUACUCAAAAAUAGACCUAUAUUUGAUAGAAUAUUGGUUGUUUCAGCUGGUGUAAUUGCCAAUAUAAUCUUUGCUUUUAUCAUUAUAUUUGUUCAAAUUAUAUCUGUUGGUCUGCCUGUGCAAGAAGCUUUUCCUGGUGUCCUUGUUCCUGAUGUACGCCCACUUUCAGCAGCAUCUAGAGAUGGGUUACUUAAUGGUGAUGUGAUUCUCUCUGUGAAUGGCCUCGAAUUGUCGAAAACCGGCCCUAAAACAGUUAAUGAAGUUGUUGAUGCUAUCAAGAAUAGUCCUAGUAGAAAAGUGGUUCUUAAAAUUCAUAGGGGACAACAGGAUUUUGAUUUGAAAAUAACGCCAGAUAAGAGUUCUGAUGGAACUGGUAGAAUUGGUGUACAAUUGUCUCCCAAUGUUAGUAUUGUAAAGGUUAAACCAGAUAAUAUAAUUCAAGCUUUGAACUUUACUGGAAAAGAAUUUUGGGGUUUGUCUAAAAAUGUGUUGGAUAGUUUGAAACAAACAUUUCUCAACUUUGCACAAUCUGCUGACAAAGUUUCAGGUCCGGUUGCCAUUAUCGCAGUCGGAGCAGAAGUUGCAAGGUCUAAUAUUGAUGGAUUAUACCAAUUUGCAGCUGUUUUGAAUAUUAAUCUUGCAGUGAUUAAUCUUCUUCCUUUGCCAGCAUUAGAUGGUGGUACCUUGGCAUUGAUACUUAUUGAAGCAGCUAGAGGAGGGAAAAAACUGCCUACUGAAGUUGAGCAGUUGAUCAUGUCUUCUGGUAUAACUCUUCUAUUGUUUCUUGGGCUAUAUCUUAUUGUUCGAGACACUUUAAAUCUCGAUAUUAUUAAAGAUGUAUUGUGAUUGUUGACUAACACUUAGGUGUUUUGUGAAAUUUGAAGUUCAUUUGUGAUUAUGGGUUAUAAGGAACUCUUUGUUGAUAUGAUAAAUGUUUUUGCUCGAUCGCAUUCACAUGAA